CUAAUACUAGACUGGAGUUCCUAAGAGGACGUGUGUAAGUGCAGACAUGAGUGAGUUUCCUACACCUGCACCAACCAUGAAACCUCUGGAUGGGGUCCCUCAAGCAAUGUGUAUACAGCUACAAAACAGUGCUUUAAAUGACAAUGGCUUCACAGAAUCAAGCUCCUCCACAUCAUCUCCGGACUCUGUGUGUAGCCUUUGCAGUAUGGAUGUGGACUUACCAGUGGGCAUAAUGGGAAGAAAUGAAGCCACCAGUGAUAAUGACUCGGGUAUCCAGAGCCCAGAGUUCAGACCCGAUGACAACGACAACUCAGUUUCUGUUUAUUUAGAUGCCACUGAGGGAAGCUGGCAUGCUGAUUAUGAUGACCAGGAUGAUAUUACGUUGAUUCUGGACCAGAAGCAUGAGCAUGACAAUGAUUUUGGUAAACUUGCAGUUCAAAGUUUAGGCGAUUCUUUUGCUACAGAUGCACCACUUGUCUCAUCAGAGGAUGAGGAGGGUGAGAAUGAGGAAGAUUCUUUUUUCUCUCUGACUACGUCUGAUGUGAUCAUGAGGAACAAGAUGGAGUCAGACAUCCAGGCCUUGUCUGGAGAUCAGCCCAGUGCUGACCCUAUGAGACAACUACACCAAGAAGCUCUUAAAGAGAUGAUAGAACUUUUCAAUGUGAAGGGUCAGAUAUGUAGCUCAUCUAAAGGGACAAUUGUGAAAGGGGUCCAUCAGGAGUGUCUUCAGGAGUCAAUAGAACUUCACAAUGAAAAAGUCCAGAUGCAGAACUUGACCAAAAGUCCCAAGGUAGAUACUGUGAGCAAGCUCAAUCAGGAGGCCCCUCAGGAGCCAAUGGAAGUUGAAUAUGAAGAACACCAGAUACAGAGGUUUACAAAGGUCCCUGAGUAUCAGCUCCACCUGGAGGCCAUUCAGAAGUCAGCUGAGAUUUCCAAUAAAGUAAACCAGAUACAAAGCUUAAUCAGUAAAUUCACUGAGGUCUCUGAGAAUGAGGUUCAUCAGGAGGUCUUUGAGGAGUCCGUGAAUAUUCAAUAUGAGAAGAGCCAAACUCAGAGCUUACAGAAUACGGCCCAUGUCACUGAAGACCAGAAGGAAUGUCUUCAAAGGAAAAUAAAGCACCUUAAUGAUGAGUACCAUAUUGAGAGCUCUUCCAGUGGGCCUAGUGUGAACCUUGUGAAUGAGCUCCACUGGGAGGCCCUUUAUAACUCAACAGAGCUUUAUAACGAGGAGAGUCAGGCGCAAAACAAGUCUACAACGCCCUAUGUGGACCUUGUAAGUAAGCUCCACCAGAAGACUGAAGGUACCCUGUCCUCUCCACCCACUGAAAACCUUGGAGAAUUUUCAAGUUUUUCUAAACAAAAUUGCAAAGACUUACAAAGCACCAAAGAUCAACCUCAUACCCAUGUUUUCUCAAAACCUUCCAAGAUAAAACCCAAAAUGGAAUUGAAACGUUUUUCUAGACCCAACCUAAAGAAUGUCAAAGCCAAAGUUGUCUCCAGGGCUGCCUCUGCUCCAAGACCAGCAAAGAAUGGCCCCAGUGGGUCGACUCUAGACCCUGAACAUAAGCUACUGUCUCCUAGUAGAGAAGAACCCAAAAAGAUCCAUCAAGCUGAUGUCAAGAAGGUGCAGUCAUCUGCCAGCCAGGCAGAAGUUAUUACACCAGUUUCGGAUGCCCAGCCCAAAUCCACAUGGCCACAAGGGAAAACUAAGCCAAGUGAAGAAAGCCAAGGUUCUGAAGUUGAUAUCAAUCAGGAGCAGAAUGCAGGUUUAAGGAUGCAAGAGGAGAGAUGCUGUCAAAAAGAGGACGGAGCACUGGAGAAGAUAUCUGCAGAAAUAAACCAGUCUGUGCCCUCUCAGCGUCGACCUCCAAUGGUUGCGCAAAGGGUCCAGAGCCAGGGGUGGGCGUCUUCAAGAGCUCAGGACGCUUCUGCUUCUGGUAUUGCAAAGAUUGGAGUGACUGACAGUUCAUCAGCAGUGUGUGGUCCUGUCUUAUCCUGGAAACCUCCUCAAAAACCACCCUCCUCCAAACUGCCAAUUAAAACAGGCAUCUUAACCACGAGCCAAAGCUCCUCCUCCCUGGGCAGCGCAGUCAGCGAGAACAAUGCCAACCGAGGUAUUGCUCAGGGGUUGAAGAGUGAGGAGACGUGUGUUAGACCCCCCCUAUCGUCACAGGGAAAACUUGCUACUACCAAACCUACAGCAACAAUUCACAACAGAGUAAACACACCUACUAAACCAAACACUACAGGCCAGAAGGCCACAACACAAGCAAAUCAUUCCAAAACUGCACAGAGUUCUCUGCUGCGUGGAGGAUCUGCAAGACCCAGUCGCCCGUCUGCAAUAGUGUGUCCGAGCUCCAGAGGGUCCCGGGGAUCCCGGGUGGUGCACACCCACAAUGAGGAGGAGGAGGAAAAGAAGAGCCACACCAUCCACCAACUGCGCAAACUCCUUGCCCACAGCAACCGUAAGCUGGAGGCUCUCGCUGUGGUCAUCCAGCACAUCUUCAAUGAGAAAGAAGAAGCUCUAAAGCAAAAAAAGGAGAUCUCCAACCAGCUGAAGAACCUCAGAGUGGAACUCGCUCAGUCGGUGGCAUGUUGUGAGAGGUUGGAGGUUGAGAAGACCAGUGUUUGUACACAGCUGGAUGCAGCAGUGUUAAAGCUUCAACAGCAGCACCAGGCCGAACUGGUUCAGCUUGAGGAUACGUUUAGGGAAUUUUACUCAGCCGAAUGGGAUAAAGCACAUCAGGCCUACCAGGAUGAAGCCGACCGGUACAGGGAGCUGAUGAAUCAACAGGUGGAAGAAAUAAGAAGCACACAGGAAAAGCUGAGGACGGAACAAGAAGGGAAACACACUCAGCAUUUAGAGGCACUGAAACAGGACUAUGAAACCUCACUUUCAGAACUUCAAAAGAUCCAGGUAAAGGAAAAACAGGAGCUCAAAAACACUCUGACACUAUCAGAAGCUUCACAUAAUGAGAGAAUCGAGAAACUGAUGAUGGAGAAGCAGAUUCUGUGUACCAGACUGAGAGAAGAGGAUGAGAGAAGAACACUUACUAAAAAUACUCAGAAGGACAGUCGGGUGGUGUAUCUGGAGCAGGAGUUGGAAAGCUUAAAGGUGGUGUUGGACAUUAAAACUGAUCAGCUGCACCAGCAGGACAAGAAGCUCAUGCAAAUGGAUAAAGUGAUCGAGAGUAAUAUACAGUUGGAGGAGUGUGUGAAAAAGCUGCAGCAGGAGAAUGAGGAUUAUAAAGCGCGGAUGGAUAAACACUCUGCGAUUUCCAGGCAAUUAUCAACAGAGCAGACGAUGCUGCAGCAGACAUUACAAAAAGAAUCAAAAGCUAAUAAGCGAUUGUCGAUGGAGAACGAGGAGCUUCUGUGGAAACUACAUAACGGCCUCUCACCCCGAAACUCAGCCUGCUUUCCUAGCUCCCCCAUCUCACCCAGAUGACCUUCAUACCCAAACCACCUUUGCCCACCCAACCCAGAACUGUUACAGACUUUUCCCCCUUCGAGAGACUGUACAGUUUAUACAGAGUUCCCUAUCCCUUCAUUCCUGAAAUGAGUCGGAACUUGAGCAUUUGGGAUGGACCCGAUGUUGCACACAUGCACUUCCACUUUGUUUUGCAAAAAAAAUAAUGAAAAUGCACCUCAGGGUUUGUACAGAAAUUCAGUUAUUCCUUCUCCAUCCUCACCAUGAUUCUUUUUCUUUUAAUAAAAGCAGGUUUCUGA